AUGUUGGAUAAUAAUAAUAAAAAUUUAUAUCAUUAUUAUUAUAAAUUUUCAAUAAUAAAUAUAAGUGAUAUAACUGAAUUACAUUAUAAUUUUAUAAAAUCAACAAAUAUAAUUAAUUAUGAUAAUCAAUCAAAUGAAAUUAUAGUUAUAUCAAAUGAAAAUGCAAUUAAAAAGGUUUUAAUUGAUAGGUUACCUUCUAAUUUUUCAGAUUUAAAUAUAGUAUUUGGUUUAUUUUUACAUGAAAAUGGUUUCAAUAUAAAAUUAGUCAAAUCAUUUAAAAAUAAUAAUAAAAAAAAUAAUAUUCAUUAUUCAAAUAUUUUAAAAUGGGUAGAUGGAAAAGAAUAUCUUUUAGAUACUAAAAUAGGUUUAAUGUUUAAUUGUUUUAAUCCAUUAGAAAUUACUAAUAAUAAUAAUAAUAAUAAUAAUAAUAAUAAUAAUAAUAAUAAUAAUAAUAAUAAUAAUAAUAAUAAUAAUAAUAAUAAUAAUAAUAAUAAUAAAUUAUUCCAUAAUAGAAUAAGAAAAAUUAAUUCAAACACAUUUUCUUAUGAUGAAAUUAUAAAUAACAAAAAUAAUACUUUCAUGACAAUAUAUCAUUUUAGUAAUCGUCGUGUGAAGAUUAAUAAUAAAAUUUUCUCAAAAUUAUAA